UUGAAAAACCGCGACAAUUUGUGACCUGGAAGUACUUCAGUAAACAAUAUAAUUACAAGUCAGUGAUUUAAAGUUAGCGGGGCGGUAGGAAGUGUUGGCCAACAUUUUUGUACUUUUGUGAACAAACAGAGGACUUGAUAAAUGUUUUAUCAUAUAUCCCUGGAGCAUGAAAUCCUGCUCCAUCCCCGGUACUUUGGUCCAAACCUUUUAAACACUGUAAAACAGAAGCUUUUUACAGAAGUGGAGGGAACAUGCACAGGAAAGUAUGGCUUUGUCAUUGCUGUCACCACCAUUGACAACAUUGGGGCUGGAGUUAUACAACCAGGCAGGGGUUUUGUGCUGUACCCUGUCAAGUACAAGGCCAUUGUGUUCCGCCCGUUCAAAGGAGAAGUUGUAGAUGCUGUGGUUACUCAGGUCAAUAAAGUUGGACUGUUCACAGAAAUUGGCCCAAUGUCCUGUUUCAUUUCUCGCCAUUCAAUUCCCUCUGAAAUGGAGUUUGACCCCAACUCAAAUCCACCUUGCUAUAAAACAGUCGAUGAGGACAUUGUGAUCCAGCAAGAUGAUGAGAUUCGUCUCAAGAUUGUGGGCACAAGAGUGGAUAAGAAUGAUAUAUUUGCCAUUGGAUCCCUCAUGGAUGAUUAUCUGGGUCUUGUCAGUUGAUUUACCCGAAGGCGUGUGCUGACAUACGACUAUAAACAAGAUGUUACAAAGUUCCUAAUUGUAUUGUCAAUAUGAAUAUUGUUUUACACUGAGAAUGUGGUGAUCAGAGUUACCGUUGAUUCUUGUAGUGCAAAGGAAUAGUAAAUGAUGUUACUAUCUAAACAUACCAUGAUACAUUUUUGUUAACAACUAAUGAAGGUGUAUGAAGUAAAUAACCUAAUAUGGGCACAUUUGACAGUUUAAAACUUUGAUUCAAGCAUGUUAUGAAGUGACAGAACUGAUAUUACAAAAAUGUUCCUUUUGCUGUAAUAUAAUUUUCC